AUGGCGGUAAAUGGUAAGGGGUCUGAGAGGGUGACGGUGAGAUUCGGGGAGAGAGAGAGAGGGUUCAAAAAGGGACGUGGCGUCGUAGGGAUGGAGAGGGCCGAGGGGAUGGAGAACCCGUCGACGAUGGCUGCACGGCCGAUGGUCGUGCCGGAAAAUUUUCUGAUGGGGCUUCCGUUCGCCGCGGAUAUCGACUUCUUGGAGGGACGGGAGAGGACGACGGGCUUCAUGGAGCUGCUCGGGGUUUCAGACUUCUCAGCUUCCUUCAUCGGUUCAGGGUUGCAGCAGGACUUCAAGGGUGGAAUCUCUUCGCCGUCGCCGGCGAUCAAUUCUAGUGAGGGGGUCGAACUUACGGACGCGUCGUCCACCGUGCCGCCGACGCCGAACUCGUCGGCCUCGUCUUCGUCGGCGGAGGCCAACGACGAUGAGAGCAAUUCACGAGAGGGGAAGGAUCGGCUGGCGGCGAAUGCGCAGCAGGAGAAGGAGAAGAGAUCAGAUCGGAAGCCGAAGAAGAAGGGAACCAAGCGUGAGAGAGAGCCUCGUUUCGCCUUCAUGACGAGAAGCGACGUCGACCACCUCGAGGACGGUUACCGAUGGCGGAAAUACGGACAGAAGGCCGUAAAGAACAGCCCCUUCCCUCGAAGUUACUACCGGUGCACGAGCGUGAAAUGUGGCGUGAAGAAGCGCGUGGAGCGCUCCUGCGACGACCCAUCAAUCGUGAUCACCACGUACGAAGGCCAGCACACUCACCACAGCCCGGUUGCGGCAGGCCGGCACUCCGCCACUCCCGCGGUGCCGACGCAGUUGCUAACCCACCCGCCCACCCCUCAUCUGUUGCAGCAGCAGCAACAACAACAACAGCAGCAGAGACCUCAAUAUGCCUUAGGCUCGCACGCGCUCCGCACGUCAGUAGCCGCUGCCGCCCCGCUGCAGCAGCGAGACUACGGCCUCCUCCACGACAUUUUGACUCCGCGCAUGCGUGAAUAGCUGUGUGGGCUCCUCCCUUGCGGUCGCCCCUUUCCACUUGCUUGAAUCUCCGGUACGUACGAAUACUUACGUAUGUAUGUUUAUACAUGGGCAUGCAUGCUCGUUGCACGCAUGCAUGUAUUGAUAAUCAUCACUUUGUUCCUUCUUUUUUCCUCCCCUUUUGUUCUUUUUUUUGUAAAACCCCUUGUUUCACAGCGGGCCUCUUUAUUAACUGAUUCAAAUCUUACUAUUUGUAUCCGAUCUUUCUGUAGCUGCAUAGAAGCAUCUCUCUCUCUC